CUACUCGCAUUGCAAUAUGGGAACACAUUCUUGGUACAAGUUCCGGUGUAGAAUUGUUGACAUACAGCAACCGAUCUGGUUUUAAAGUAUAUAAUUUCAGUUAAGCAGACUGCUGGUAUAAAAUAACUUCAAAAUGAGUGAACAGCUGAAAUAUAUAAUUCAAGAGUUAAACAAGCCACCAUUCAAUAAAAACUACAAUCUGAUAUCCUUUGAUUCUGUUGAACAGCAACAGCUUCUUCAGGUUUUAUCAGAUACCUUAUCAUUUAUUGAUCCAAAGCAAAAAGUUGAUAUUAGAGAGGAAACUCCAGAUCAAACUGCAAUAAGGAUAUUUCAACUUUUGAGAGUUCUGAAAUAUAAGCCACCAACCGAUGGUGGAGGGAAUUUAAGCACAUUUCGCAGUGGAAUAGUCCAGGGAGAAAAACCAGUCAUAUAUCCGAUAUUAGAAUGGAUACUUCAGCGAGUACCAGAGCUACAGAAACGAGCUUAUUUAGCAAAAUAUUUGGUAAAAGUCGAAAUACCAGCAGAAAUAAUGCAGGAUGAGGAAGUCACUGGUUUAUAUGCACAGUAUGAAGACCUUAUGGAACAAUUUAAAGAACUUCAUAAGCAAUCUGAAACCUUAAAAGGCUCCAGUUUUAACACAUCUGAAAUCAGGAAAGAUAUAGUCAACAUGGAGGAAGAAAAAGAACAACUUAACAAAAGAAUAGAAAGAUUGCGACGAAAGGUGGAAUCGCAUCCUAAUUCUCAGAAGAUGAUGAAUGUAGCGCGUAUGUUAAGAGUUGAGAGGGACAGAGAAAAGAAAAUAGGAGACCAAAAACAAGAACAACAGAUACUAAUUCAACAUGCUGAACAGCGAACUAAGAGAAUGGUUCAGCAGUUAAAAGAUAUGCAGCAAGCCAGUGUAGGAGCAACUGCAGAGAGUUUGAUAGAAAGACUAGAGGAAGAAACUAAAACCAAUACCUACCUAGUCAAAGAAAAGUUACCGAAAGAUUUAGCUGGCAAGAAAAAAAAUGUUCAAGAUUUACAGAAAGUUGUUUCUGAACCAGCUAUGGGCCAGUCUGAUCUAAAUGAAUUACAGCAGCAGAUACAAGGAUUGAAUGCUGAAGUAAAUGAAUUGAUAGAGAAAAGAAUGAGAGCAGGAGAUCCAUCUGAUGAUAAACUUUCACUAUUUAAACAGCAGGCUGGUAUUAUUGUACAUAAGAAAGAUUCAGUGGCUGAAAAUUUACGAACUGCUCGAGAAGAAUAUAAUCGUUUUAAAGAAGAAGCCAUUCAGAAACGUGAACAAGCACAGAGUGUUGAAGGAGGAGAGGUUUUAAAGGGUGAAGAUUUCAAAAGGUAUGUAAACAAAUUAAGAAGCAAGAGUACCUUUUAUAAGAAAAAAAGACAAGAAGUUGCUGAGCUAAAAGCUGAAGUAGGAACUCUUCAGAGAACAAUUGAAAUAUUGCAGAAAAAGGAAGAUACUGUCAAUGCCCAGUUGAGUCAUGUGGAGAAGAAAAAAGGUGUAUCUGGAUACCGUGAGACACAAGACAACCUAGAGAAAGUUUCUAGUAUGAAAAGUGAUUUUGAUGAUAUGAAGGGAAAAACAUUAGAAGAUAUUUCUGAGAUGGUUCAACGUCUGCAUGUACAGAUACAACAGAAACGCAGUACAUUUGCUCCCAUACUGCGAGAAAUAAGGCCACUGCGAGAAACCAUGCAGACACAGACACCAGAAUAUGAGAACAAGAAAGCUGCCUAUGAUCGUUGUCAGGCUGGUUUAGAAAGCAAUAUGCAGAAGUUAGAACAUGAAGUGAGAGGUUAUCGAGAAGAAGUAAAGGCUGAAGAAUCACGAUAUCAUUAUUUGAGUGGCAUGAUGACAAUAAUGGAAACUCAACAACAAAGGAUAAAUGAAGAAAUGAAGGCUUAUGUUUCAUCUGAUCCCUCAGAGAAAAGGAAAACAUACAGAGACAUGUAUAACAAAAAAAUUCAGGAACAGAGUAAUUUGGGAACAGGACUACGGGAAAAACAAAAAUCUAUUCGAGAAAUGCAUGAACCAAACCUUCAUCAAGUGAAGAUGUGGAAGGAUCUGUCUCGACUUAUGGAAUGUAAACGUCAGUGUUCCAGUGGUAUGAGCGGGGGUGAUUAUGGUAGUGGUGGAGGAGGGGUACAAAUGAGCGGAGGUCCAGGCUACAUGGAUCAAGCACCAAAUCAUUUAGAAGAAGAUAGAUUGGUUUUAUAACUGAUUAUUUGUAUUUAUCAUCUACAUUUCAUAGGAUUAUUAAGAUCAUUGUUUGUCCACACCUUUUCCGUCUUUUUCUGACAUAGAUGAUUAACUAUAUAUAUAUAUAUAUAUAUAGUUCUAGAGAUCAUUUCAUAUCUGAUCAACCAAGAUUUGAAUUUUGCUGAGAAAACGAAGGAGCCAACUCCAAUUAUUUUUAUUUUGUGGUCCUGGGAUUUUUCAAACAGUUUAAUCUUCUCAUGGCCCUGUCACACUAUUAUGUUUGAGAGAAAUGUACAAGUUGCGUAUGAAAAUAAAUAAAAUAAUUUUCAUAGCACAAAAUGCCCUUGAAAAUACAGAAUUAUUUGUAUACUUACUAUAAUGAGUACCGUAUAUCUAACCUAUGAGUAGCGUAUAAACUGCACAUAUCCAGCGUACAGCUAUCAUGUGACAAAGUGCCCAUAUAAGCAUUGGCUUUUCUAUGUUGCAGCAUUAUUGCAGUAUGGGUGCCUAUAUAUACACUUUCUAAAAAGCUGGCAAUAUGCCAACCAUACACUAGUUGUACGUUAAAUACGUUACUGAAUCGUCAGGCAUAUGCCAGUAUUACAGUACACCUUUAUGAAAGCAUAUGACUAGCAUACUUGACCUAUGAGUAACAUACCUCUGGCGUAACUCUCACGUAUUCAGCGUAUGGUUAGCUUUAAACCUUACGUUCGAAUACGAACAAACUUUUUAGCCAUGCUUUAAAAAAACAAGCAGCUUCGCCAUAUGUGACUGUGCUUGAAAUGCAUACAACCUAUGCCUAACCUAGCUCUAGAGUAUGUCAGCCUAAGUGAUAUUUUUCAAACACUGGCAUGCUCUAGUACGAUACACAAUAAUGUGACGAGGGCCAUUACCAAAUCUUAUAAAAUAGAUCCUGACAAGGAUCAACAGUUGGUUGAUUUGAAUACUUCUUAUAUAGUAGUCUACCAGACAGACACAAACUGGAAAUAUUAGUCUAAAUCUAUUAUAUAUAUAUAUAUUGAUGAAUUUAUUCUGAACCACAUUAUUCCGUCCAUGAAUUCAUUUUACUAUAGUAUAAAAGUUAUAUAUUUAAGUUUAUGAAAAUGUUAAUUUUGUGAAUUUUUAUUUAUUUUUGCUGACUUAUAAAGCCAUGUAUAGUAUAUAAUAUGUUGGAAUAUCUAUAUAUCUAUUUGACAUACCAAUACUAAUAUUUUGCACAAAAUCAAAUAUGUAAAUUAUUUGCAUUCUGACGCAUUUGAAAUUAUAGUUAUUGUUACAUUAACAUUUUAAAGAAAACUAUUGGAAAAAUAUUAACCUUCUCAUUUUUCUUUUACUUUUAUUCACAGACGAUCUUCCGUGUUUGGCAUCCAUCUUUAUAGAUUUUUGACAGCUAUCUUGAAAUUUUUGAUAUUAUUUAUAUAUUAGUAUCAAAGAUCUGUUCAAAUUUUAGAACCUACAUGUAUAUAUGAAGCUAGUGUACAUUCCUAACCUAAGACUGUGAAUUAAACUUUGAACUGUCUAUGUGAUAAAGUUUGGUGGUAAAAUUGAUAAUUAUAUUAGGGAGAAAUUGUGGAGAUAUGUUCCUCUUCCUAAAUAAAUUUACAGAUGUC